AUGGGCCUCUCAACCAAGACGAUACACGUUCACCGCCACCAGCAGCACCUGAAGUGGUCUCGAGAUAUCCCUCCCGUGCUCACGAUCAACUCGGGUGAGACGGUCACCUUCGAUGCGCUUGACGGAAGCAAUGGCAUGGUAUCAAGGGAUUCCGGUGACGAUGCUAUAUUGAAGUUCGACGUCGAGAGGGCGGAUCCCGGAUUUGGACCCAUCUAUGUCAACGAGGCUGAGCCCGGAGAUGUGCUCAAGGUCGAGAUCUUGGACCUGCAGCUAGGCGAUUGGGCAUGGACUGCUAUAGUCCCGAAUUUCGGGCUACUGGCUGAUGAGUUUCCGGAGGCGAGGCUUAAGAUAUGGGAUAUUGACCCCAGCCUGCCCUAUGUCAAGUUCAAAGAAGGGGUGCACGUUCGUAAGGCACCAUUCUUGGGCAUCAUGGCAGUUGCACCAGGUGUCGAAGGAGAGUUUUCUACCAUUCCGCCCCUCGAGACUGGCGGAAACAUGGACUGUCGAUACCUUACUGCGGGUUCUACGCUCUACCUGCCCAUCCGUACCAAGGGUGCCCUGUUCAGCUGUGGUGACGGGCAUACUGCCCAGGGAGACGGAGAGGUCUGCGGGACGGCCAUUGAAACCACUCUUACAGCUUCAUUACGUUUAACAGUCAUCAAGAACCAGCCGUGGGUUACCUCUCCGCAGUUCCAGACUCCCCCGCUCAAGCAGACGCUAUCUGCCGCAGAUAUCGAGGCAGAUAAAGGUGAAUAUGCCACCAUGGGCAUAGACUGUGAUCUCCUCGAGGCGACCCGGAAAGCAACCCGUAACAUGAUUGAAUGGCUCACUCGCACCAAGGAUCUAACGCGAGAGGAGGCCUAUAUGCUCACUAGCGUCGCGGGCUGUCUCAAGAUGGCCGAGGUCGUCGACAUGCCCAACUAUGCUAUUGUAAUGACAAUGCCGCUAAGCAUAUUUGUGACCCCAGAUUGGCCAAACGGAACGACCACCUGA